CACGCAGUCCAUACUUUAGAGUGGCUUUAUCUGCCAAUUGGGUUAGGAAAGAAGCCAACAAAAUAAUGUACAAGAAACCCAACAUUUUACCUGAAAUACUUGAAAUUAUCAUGACAUACAUUUACACAGGCGUCGUUGCUAUCGAGGAUCAGGGAGCAGCGGCAGUAUUUGACGUUCUACUGGCUGCAGACGAACUAAUUCUUCCUGAAGUUCAAGACCAUGCCGAAGAACAUCUGAUCGCGAACGAAAGUUUAUGGUUACGGACAAACUUUUCUUAUGUCCAUAAAGCAGCAUUCCGACAUCAGGGUUUCCGCAAGUUACAAGAAUAUUAUCUAAACAUGAUCUGCAAAAAACCAAGCAUGCUCUUCGAGUCGGAAGAUUUUUGUUCAACCGAUAGUGACAUACUCGUCAUGCUAUCGAUGCGCGAUGACUUGGAUAUGGAAGAAAUUGAACUCUGGGAUUAUCUUGUCAAAUGGGGUAUGGCACAAUGUUCUUCGCUCGCACCAGACCCAGCAGACUGGUCUGAAGAAGAUUUUACAACGUUUGAAUCAACCAUGCAUGGCUGCAUCGAGCAUGUACGCUUCUUCAAUAUACGAUCACAAGAUUUUUAUUUAAAAGUAAUGCCAUUAAAGAAAAUCGUACCUAUAGACCUAUAUAAGGAUUUGGAACGGUAUCAUUACAAGGUUACCACGCGUCCGAGGUCUCUCACAAAAUCACCAAGACAAAAAACAAUCAGAUCAAACAUAGUUGAACAAAAGUACAUCAAAGAGAUUACAAGCUGGAUUAAUGGUCGUGAUCCCGGACAGACAUCUGAAGAACCACCAACAGUGCAGUACGAUUUCAGACUAUUGGUUCGAGGGAGUCGAGAUGGUUUCUCGUCUACCACCUUUCAUGAUAGAUGUGAUGAUCAGGGAGCGACUUUACUUAUUGUUAAAGUUCAAGGUUCCGGUCAGGUAAUCGGAGGCUAUAAUCCCGUGUCGUGGGGUUCAGAUAACACGUGGUCUUAUACAAAAGACAGUUUCAUUUUCUCUUUUAUUUUCGGCGAAACUGGUUCGUCCGUACUAAGUCGGGUUAGAGUUAAGCAGGCUGAACAUGCGGUUUAUAAUUCUGAUAUAUUUGGACCUUGCUUUGGUAGAGGAGAUUUGUGCAUGGGUAAGAACUUCAGUGAAAUAUCUGGCUCGUAUGCCAAAACGAAUGAUUAUGAGAGAAAGAUACUCUGGAGUAUUCCAGGAAUUGUGAAUAAUAACACCGAUAGCAAUACGAGGUUUAGCGUAGAAGACUAUGAGGUCUUUCAAGUCGUAAAGAAAAAAAGUUCAAAGUAA